AUGGAGAGCACAAAAUUAGGCCAAUGGUUAAAGUUAAACCUUCUGGUGAUUUUACUGGUAUUGCUGAAGGCAGAAGCUGAUUUUGUACCAACCACUAUUGUCCAAAAUGCUGUAGCAAAAGGAGCCGUUUGUUUGGAUGGUAGUCCACCAGCUUACAAUUUUGAUAAGGGCUAUGGAAAAGGAAGCAACAGUUGGUUGGUUCAUAUGGAGGGAGGGGGAUGGUGCCACAAUGUCACUAAUUGUCUAGGUCGUAUGACGACUCGUUUAGGUUCAUCUAAGCAAAUGAAUAAGACACUUGCAUUUUCAGGAAUUUUAAAUGACAAGAAACAGUUUAAUCCAGAUUUUUACAAUUGGAACAGAAUCAAGAUUAGAUAUUGUGAUGGUUCAUCUUUUACUGGUGAUGUGGAAGCAGUCGAUCCAGUAACUAAGUUGCAUUUUAGAGGAGCAAGAAUUUUUGAAGCUGUCAUGGAGGAAUUACUAGCAAAAGGAAUGAAAAAGGCUCAAAAUGCUAUUCUCUCAGGAUGUUCAGCUGGAGGAUUGACCUCAUUACUGCAUUGUGAUCGCUUUCGAGCUCUUUUACCGAAAGGAUCUAACGUGAAAUGCAUCUCAGAUGCUGGUUACUUUAUCAAUGCAAAAGAUAUAUCUGGAGCACCGCAUUUUGAAGAGUACUUCAAUCAAAUUGUUACCUUACAUGGUUCUGUAAAAAAUUUGCCUGGAUCAUGCACUUCAAAACUCAAACCAGAGCUGUGCUUUUUCCCUCAAAAUUUUGUAUCACAAAUCACUACACCGAUCUUCGUUGUAAAUUCGCCAAUCGACUCUUAUCAGAUUAAGAACAUUUUGGCACCAGAUGCCGAUGAUUGGAAGAAUUGCAAGCUAGAUAUAACUAAAUGCACUCCUGCUCAACUAAAUCAAGUGCAAGGAUUUAGGAAAGAAUUCCUAAGGGCUUUGGCUCCUAUAGGAAACUCUUCAUCUGUAGGAACGUUCAUAGACUCUUGCUAUCUCCACUGCCAAACCGAAUUGCAGGAAUUCUGGUUGUUUAAUGGCUCUCCAUUGUUGGCCAACACAACCAUUGCAAAAUCUGUAGCAGACUGGUUUUAUGACAGAAGGCCUUUCCAUCAGAUAGAUUGUCCUUACCCUUGCAAUCCAACAUGUCACACCCACGUUAAUCAAGAUGCAGAACUAUAG